UUGCUUUGUUUUUCUAGUUGCCGGAUCUCUUUGAGACCUAUUCCACCGUUCUCUUUCUCCAAUUAUUGUAGGUGAUUCACUUUCCCUGAAAAUUUUUUCAAUUUUUCCCCGGAAUGGAAAGUUGAUUCCGCGGACUUUUUUUCUUGGACAAAUGAUUGUCGAAUGCUGAGAUUUUAGCCAUAAGGAAACUGGUUUUGGCGAAGAGAGAACAAGAAUGGAAGCUGGCAGAGGUAAGGCGGAGAAGAAAGGAACAAACGAUGUCGUACUUCAAAUUUCGACGACACAAGAAUCUUUCUUUGCUUCUCAGGAAACCAAAGAUACGAAAGCUUACACUCUUUCAAAGAAUUCCCAGUUGGGUUCUUCUCCAAAACGUUCAAAACUUGAGUUGAUAGAGUUGGAGAACUCAAGUUUGAGGAUCCAAACAUCCACGUUUGCAACCUCUCCUUCUUCUUCAGACAUAGCAAGAUAUGGCCCAGUUCCGACCCCAACUCUAAACAAGCCUCCAAAAAUCCCAACCAGCGAUUCCAUUACACGAAGAAAAUCGCUUGCGCGUUCUGAGUUUUCGAAGCCAAAAUCAAGAUUGGUAGAGCCACCAUAUCCAAAUGAUGCAAACUUAAAAGAAGAAAAGAUCCGGUUGGUGAAUUCAAGCUCGCCUUCUAGUACAUCACCAAAUGCAGCUUCACCAACUAACACAGUUAGCGUGUCCGCGCAGAAAGAUAGCUUGAAAUCUGCUCCAAUUACCCCGAAAACGCCAUUAAUUGGAACCCCAGGACCGGAUGAGGAGGAUGAUGAGGAGGUAUAUAAGACCGCAAGUCUUAAAGUGAGCAAAACAAUGGGUAAGAAAUGGAAAAUAUUGAUCUUAUUUGAGCUGACUGCAUUUGUUUGCUUUUUGGGGUUGUUAGUUGCUGGUUUGACUAUUGAUAGAUUGCAGAAUUCUACAGUUUGGGGGUUACAAUUAUGGAAAUGGUGUGUGCUGAUAUUAGUUAUUUUCUGUGGUAGAUUAGUCACUGAGUGGUUUAUAAAUAUUUUAGUUUUCUUGAUUGAAAGGAACUUCUUGCUAAGGAAAAAGGUGCUUUAUUUUGUAUAUGGAUUGAAGAAGAGUGUUCAGGCAGUUAUUUGGUUGGGUUUGGUGCUUCUAGCUUGGGGCUUGUUGUUUAAUCGAGGAGUUAAGCGAUCCAGGCACACUACAAAGAUUCUAAAUCAUAUUACAAGAGCUCUUGCUUCUUGUCUUAUUGGGGCGGCUAUAUGGUUGCUCAAAACUUUGUUAGUUAAAUUGUUAGCAUCUUCUUUUCAUGUCACUAGAUUCUUUGAUAGAAUUCAAGAAUCAAUCUUUCAUCAGUAUGUUCUUAAAGCUCUUUCGGGGCCUCCUGUGAUGGAGAUGGCUGAAAAGGUUGGAAGCAGCAAUACAAUGCCAGGCCAGCUGAGUUUUAACAAUUUGAAGAAGCAAAAUGAAGAGAAUAAAGAAGAGGUGAUUGAUGUGGAUAAGCUUAAGAGGAUGAAGCACGAGAAGGUUUCUGCUUGGACCAUGAAAGGAUUGAUUAAUGUGAUUACAGGUACAGGGUUGUCUACUCUCUACAACGCACUCGAUCAGUGUGAUGAGGAGGAGGGUGAGCAGGACAAAGAGAUUACUAGUGAGUGGGAAGCAAAAGCCGCUGCUUAUAAGAUUUUCAGGAAUGUAGCAAAGCCUGGAAGCAAGUACAUUGAUGAAGAAGACCUCCUGCGCUUCAUGAAAAAGGAGGAGGUGGACAAUGUGAUUCUACUGUUCGAAGGAGCAGCAGAAACUGGAAAGAUUAAGAGAUCAGCAUUAAAAAAUUGGCUGGUGAACGUUUACAAUGAACGCAAAUCACUGGCACAUUCCUUAAAUGACACCAAAACAGCAAUAGAGGAAUUGAAUAAGCUGGCUUCAGGAAUUGUGCUUCUUGUGAUCAUUAUUGUGUGGUUACUUAUGAUGGGGUUUUUAACAACCAAAGUUCUUGUCUUCGUUUCAUCUCAACUUUUGUUGGUGGCAUUCAUGUUUGGUAACACUGCCAAGACAGUAUUUGAAGCCAUUAUAUUUGUGUUCGUGAUGCAUCCAUUCGAUGUUGGUGAUCGUUGUGUCAUUGAUGGAGUACAGAUGGUUGUUGAAGAGAUGAAUAUUUUGACAACAGUAUUUUUGAGAUACGACAAUGAGAAAAUAUUCUAUCCAAAUUCAGUUCUAGCUACCAAACCAAUCAGUAACUUCUACAGGAGCCCAGAAAUGGGUGAUUCUGUGGAAUUCACUGUUGAUGUUUCCACUUCAAUUGAGACUAUUGGAAUUCUGAAAGCUAGGAUAAAAGCGUACUUGGAGAGUAAGCCUCAACACUGGCGUCCAGGCCACAGUGUGCAGGUUAAAGAGAUUGAAAAUAUGAACAAGAUGAAAAUGGCUCUCUAUGUUAAUCACACGAUAAACUUCCAGAAUUCUGGAGAUAGAGGCAACAGAAGAUCUGAUCUAGUAUUAGAGAUGAAAAAACUUUUUGAAGAACUUGGUAUAAAAUAUCAUCUUCUUCCUCAAGAAGUUAAUAUUAGCUACGUUGGCUCAGCAGCCUUGGCAGUCCCACCUCUCACACGAUGACGGUCCCUCUCCUUCUUGCAAUAAUUUGCUUCUGUUGUAUGCAUUUCAUGGAUGUCAGCUGUUUUGGAGAGGAAAGAGGAGGAUGUAAUUCAUCUCAAAGUGAAAAUUCAAGAUAGAGUUGAUGGAGAGUGUUCCAUCCAAAGGGACGAGAAAAGAAGCAGAAAUCAGCAUAUAUAUAUAUAUAUAUAUAUAUAUAUUGUAGUUAUUUAGAAAUCAGAUUAUUGCAAUUCUUGUAUUAUUUAAUUUAUUGUUGUAAAUCAACCACGGAUUAAAGGAGGUUGGUAGAA